GGAGAGGGGGGGGGGGGUACCGCUCCGCUCCGCUCCGGGGGCAGCUUCAGGCCGGAUGCGGCGCCGCUCACCCCCCGUAACUCCCGCCGCCCGGGGCUGAGCCUCCUGUCAUCAGCCCAGGCCCGCCGCCGUGUGUGGGAGCCGAGCGGGGCCGCCAGCCGGCACCAGUAGAAAUGAUGGAAGAACUGCACAGUCUCGACCCAAGGCGGCAGGAGCUUCUUGAAGCGAGGUUUACUGGGAUGGGAGUCACUAAGAUGCCAGUAAAUGAGUCAUCCAACCAGAGCUUGUGUAGCUUGGGAUCGCUAAGUGACAAAGAAUCAGAGACACCAGAGAAAAAGCAAAGUGAGCAACGAGGAAGGAAGAGAAAGGCAGAUUCUUACAAUGAUGCCAAUCAAGGCAAAGGCAAUCCAAGGGGACAUAAAAUUAGCGAUUACUUUGAGUUUGCUGGUGGGAAUGUCACAGGCACAAGUCCGGGCCGGAGUGUGCCACCUGUAGCUCGAUCGUCCCCACAACAUUCCUUAUCGUAUUCGUCACCAUCUGUUCAGCAUGGCAGCCCGUCAUCAGUGGGAUCGGCCAACACCGAGCAUUCCUGUAAUUCACAAAAGAUCAUUAAUGUACAGCAUAAGCAAUCUCAGACAGACUUCACGUUGGAAAAGCUCACUGCCUUGGAAAGCAGCAAAAAUUCUGACCUGGAAAAAAAGGAAGGCCGGAUUGAUGAUUUACUACGGGCAAAUUGUGACUUAAGACGACAAAUAGAUGAACAGCAGAAAAUGCUUGAAAGAUACAAAGAACGGUUAAAUAAAUGCGUGACAAUGAGUAAAAAGCUGCUAAUAGAAAAGUCUAAACAAGAGAAGCUUGCCUGUCGAGACAAAAGUAUGCAGGAUCGACUGCGACUAGGUCACUUCACUACGGUCCGGCACGGAGCCUCCUUCACUGAGCAAUGGACAGAUGGUUACGCAUUUCAGAACCUUAUUAAACAGCAAGAGAGGAUAAAUACCCAGCGUGAGGAAAUUGAGCGACAGAGGAAGCUACUAGCAAAACGAAAGCCAGCAGCCAUGUGUCAAAUGCCACCUACAAAUAAUGAACAGAAACAGAGGAAAAACAAAGCAAAUGGAGCAGAAAAUGAAACGUUAACUUUAGCAGAAUAUCAUGAACAAGAAGAAAUCUUCAAACUAAGAUUAGGACAUUUAAAAAAGGAAGAGGCCGAGAUACAGGCAGAGCUAGAGCGAUUAGAAAGAGUACGCAAUUUACACAUUAGGGAACUUAAGAGGAUACAUAAUGAAGAUAAUUCACAAUUUAAAGACCACCCCACGUUAAAUGACAGAUAUUUGCUGCUACAUCUUUUGGGAAGAGGAGGUUUUAGUGAAGUGUAUAAGGCAUUCGAUUUGCAAGAACAGAGAUACGUAGCAGUGAAAAUACAUCAGUUAAAUAAAACCUGGAGGGAGGAAAAGAAAGAGAAUUACCACAAACAUGCCUGCAGAGAGUAUAGGAUUCACAAGGAGUUGGAUCACCCCAGGAUAGUCCGACUCUACGAUUAUUUCUCAUUAGAUACAGACUCGUUUUGUACUGUGUUAGAGUACUGUGAAGGCAACGACCUAGAUUUCUAUCUAAAACAGCACAAGUUAAUGUCUGAAAAGGAAGGCCGCUCCAUCAUCAUGCAGGUAGUCAACGCUCUGAAAUAUCUGAAUGAGAUCAAACCCCCCAUCAUCCACUAUGACCUCAAGCCAGGUAACAUUCUGCUGGUGAACGGGACAGCAUGUGGAGAAAUAAAAAUCACAGAUUUUGGAUUAUCUAAAAUCAUGGACGAUGACAGCUACAAUUCAGUGGAUGGAAUGGAGCUCACGUCACAGGGAGCAGGCACAUACUGGUAUUUGCCUCCUGAAUGCUUUGUGGUUGGGAAAGAGCCUCCUAAGAUAUCCAAUAAGGUAGAUGUUUGGUCUGUGGGAGUUAUCUUCUAUCAAUGUCUGUAUGGACGCAAGCCAUUUGGUCACAACCAGUCCCAACAGGACAUUCUACAGGAAAACACAAUUUUGAAAGCCACAGAGGUGCAGUUCCCUCAGAAGCCGGUGAACAGCGCAGAAGCUAAGGCAUUUAUCCGUCGCUGUCUGGCAUAUCGUAAGGAGGACCGGAUAGAUGUUCAACAACUUGCCAGUGACCCAUACUUGAUGCCUCAUAUUAGGAAGUCAGUGUCCAGUACCAGUCCAGGUGUAGUCGCAUCAACAUCUGGAUCAUCAAGUAACAGCACUUCAAACUGAGCAUGCAGACUAUCCACGUGAUAGUACGUUGAAGAAAAGGAGUACAGAAUCCGUGCUGGUGAUGAUUUGUACCAGGUGUUUUCUCCGUAUGUCCACCUGUGGGGAAGAACGUCCUCGCGGAUUCUCCGAAGAGAGAUGGACAGAGACUGCGUUGAUCCAGGCAGAAAGCAAGGAGGCGAUGUCAGAGGCUACGAAUCACGGACCAUAACUGGUGGCUGCUAAUGAAAAGGACAAUGAUGAGAAUCUGCAUCCCGCUCCCAUGUCCCUUGGCAGUAGCACAACCUUGAACUGAAAGUGGCUUUGUGCUGGAAGAGAGUGAACAAGAUGGAGGGGGGGGGGGGGGGGUUUACUUUUUAAAUGUCCUUCCUCUACACCCACUCCCAUCCCAUCCCCCACAUCCACCCAUCACCUACCCAAUUCCCCACACCAAAUAAUACAAAUUGGGAAAGGGGACUUCGGGUUGAGCAUAAGCGACACACUGGGGAUUGGACUGCUCCACAGUUUUUGAGACUGCCUGUUGGUGGCAGUGGUGUUCUUUGAGUUUGUUAUUGAAUACAGUUCUAUUGGUCUUUUUAAAAAAAACCUUUUCUCUUUCUCCCUUGCCCACUGCUCCCUCCCAUCUCACUCGCGCGCGCACACACACACACACACACACACACACACACCUCUCUCCAUUUCCUUUCAGUUCUAGUUUCCGACGCUUUUUCUAUGCUGCUUUUUCUUCCACUGUUCUUCCUGUGGUACUUUAUUUUCUGCUUGGGUGGAUAUAGUUGAGACACAAACAACACUAAGACUUUGAAGGAUCUGCAGCAAAAUAAAUACUUUGCCGUGCAGACAUCUGCUUUUUCAGUUUUUCUCUUUUACAUCUUUGCAGUGUUUUUUAAUAUCCCUCUUGUUCACCCAUGCCCUUCUCCAGUUUUUGCUGAUCUUUCUUUCAGAAGAUGCAUAUGUUGGUUCCCAACUUGUUUAGUGCGUUCAGUACAGGAGAGGAGCACACUCUUUGUGGUCAAGCAUUGGUUUUCACCUGAAUUAUUUAUAUUUGGGGGGCGGGGGGGGUGGGGUGGGGGAAAGUAACUGAGGAAAAGCAGAUGUCUGACUUUAACAAGACUAGUUGUAUUACCUUUUUAAGUAGUAAGCCUUUCAGGGUUUGUUUGUUAAUGGUUCAAGAUUAGUGGAUAUUUUUUAAAAUAAAAUGCUGAGUGGUCUAACUCUGAACAACAAAUGCUAAUUUAUUAAUUGGCAGCAUAGUAUCCUUUCCCACAAAUGCAUUGACCAGUUGUUGAGUAACCAAAUAACAGUUAAACUGAUAACUACAUAGCUCUGAGUUGUUGGUCAGAGUUUGGUGAAAUCUUAUCAGACCCCAUACUGGGGCAAUGGUUGAAUGUAAUUGGUCAGAUGUAUUUAAAAUCCUUGCCUCCUAUCCACAAUAGUCUGACAAUACAUUUCUGAGUAUAUUCCACAAUAUAAUGCUGAAUAUUUCUUUUUACUCUGAACUUGAGGAAGGGGAACCAAAAGUGUGAAUCUCUGAUUUUAAAAAAAUAACUUGCAGCAUAAAAUUAAAAUGUGGCAACAGCUACUCUGAAUGUUACAGCUCAGAGGGAACACAUUUGGCUUGUGUUGUGAUGCCCAGUCUUUUAUUUGAGUAGUUUCUAAAUUUAAAAAAAAUUCUUUGUCUUUGCUUUUAGUAAAGUAUACUUUAUUGAAGUAUAAGCACGAUCAGGGUGUUGGUGUAUUAUAUACACUGAGCCCAGGGCUCAAACUCAGUGCCCCACCAGUUACAUGUUAUUGGCCAGAUAGUCCCGAUCCUCAUCAUCAUUGGGCUUCACCCAAAGAUAUUUCAGCUUCCUAUAUUUAACAGUCAAAUCCUCUAAUCCAAGUCCAGUAUAAACAAAAGAUACGGAGACUAGCGGGGACAUCUUAAAAUCUUAAACUUAAUAAUGGAGAAGGGGAUCUGGACUUCCAAUGUAGGUACUCCAUGACCUCCAUCCUGUAUCCUUGCAUAAAAUAUCCCAUUAUUAACACAGCUCGAAGACUUUUUAAAAAGAAUACUCCUCACACUGCUAGUGGUUUCAUCCAUCUUGAGGGUGUUUUGGGAGGCUUCAUUUAAAAUUAGGGAGUAAUAAAAAUGAAGGAUCACAAGUACUGUUUAAAAAAAAAAUUCCAAUUUUUGAAUCGACCUUAAUCUUGCCUUCAUAACAUUUUGUGACCACAGCAAGUUUAUUAAACCAAUACUACCCAGAACAUCUGAUUCAGGGGUUGAUCUUCACACCUAAAUAUUUCUGUAGCUCUCUGGGUAGAGGGCAUGUUUGCAAAAUACACUAAAUCAUACUUUAUUUACUGUACAGUGCAAACACUGUACAGCAGUGAGCAAAUUGUGCACUUGUAUGUAGGAGGUGUUGAUCCUGAGUGGGGCUGGAGGGAAGAGCUAUAUUCCACUCCUCCCUCCCCCUCUCCCUCUCUCUUUCUUGCUCUCUUUCUCUUUUCCUUGCUCACUUGCACACUCCCUUUCUUGCUCUCUUUUGCUCCCUCAUCGCUCUCGAGCCUCAUCUCUAGCUCUCUUGUCAUGCCUAUCCAUCUUUCUUUAAUUUGCAAUUCACUUGCCUUCGUGCUUUUUCCCUCUGACUGCCUGUGUUGUUCGUUACAUUGCAAGUGUGCUGUUUGUCCCUUUUCUCAAGUAGUACAUUAUUGUUCAUCCUGCACCCCCACUAGAACAUUUGAUUAAUAAAUUUGUGGAGCUCAUGAACUAACCAGUGGGUUGCCAAGCACAAAAUGUGUCUUCAUCACCUGGUAUCAUUUUGCUCUUUCCCCUCCCAUUUCCUUAUGGAGCCUCCUUUUAUCAAUAUGGUGGAUUUGACCAAAAUGAUAAAAGAUCAAGAAUGCAAAACAAAACAUUACUUCUAAUAUUUUGUUUUGCAUUCUUGAUCUUUUAUUAAAACUGCGUGAUUUCAUGAUGUUUUCAGAAUGAGUUAAAGUGAGAAGGUUGCACUUUCUGAGUUGGCUUUGAUUUCAGUUGAGAAAAGAAGCAAAUGUUGAUGAAACUGUGGUUCAGUAGCAAAACUAAAUUGCAGCUAACUCUGGAAAAUGUGCAGGGAAUUCAGAUAGUGAUCUGACAAAACAGUGUGGUAGCAUCUGCUUCAUGAUAUAGGUGCGGGGGAAGUGCAGUUUUUCAAAAACUCGGCAGAGUAGCCCGGUACCUCGCGUGAAAGGAUUUUGCAUCAAGUGAUAUUUCCUCCUAUUGAGCAGUCCUGAAAAGAAAGCAGAAUGUUAACAUUGCAAAUGAUCAGAUAUUGAAACUGGUCAACGCCUUUUAGGGAUUCAUCUCGUAUGCACUUUUUUCCAAAAAUAGUAAAUAAUUGCUUGUGAGUACUAGACUUAAGAUUCACUGGAAAACAAAGUUUUAAUAUCCGAGAGCAUCUUCUCAAUUUUAAGGAAAUUCUUGAAAUGUCAUCGCUAACAGCUGUUGAAAAGUCUUUAUUUAACCGGUGGAAUUAGGUUAAAUUAAUUUGGAUCAAUUAAUGAAAUGUGCUCCUAUUUCUGCACCUCCUCUCCCCAAAAGUUCUAGUACCACAGAAGUGUAUUUUUUUUUAUUUUCGUCCGUCUAGAAAUUGGGAUAUUUUGUCAUUAGGUGCUGUCCUUUCAAAGGCAAUGAUCCCAUAAUAUCAAGGAUGAGAAAAGCAAUGGGGGUUGAAGUGUUACUUGCAAAUUGGCUGAGUAAAACAAAAUAGAAAAUGUUAUCAGUAAGUCUAAAGCUAGCUUCAGAUUUAGAAGCAGUAUUCUUGUGCGUAACCAUUAUUUGGUCUCUGAAUGGAAGGAAAAUGCAGUCAAUCAGUUGUUGAUGUGCAGUAACCAGCCCAAAAUUUACAACUGACUUAAAGUGUCUUGAAUUAACAACUGACUUAAAGUGUCUUGAAUUAACAACACUGGAGUUGUUGUGUGUGCUGUUUCUUAAAUUUGGCUUUUAUACUGAUUUUUGUUGAAGGAUUGUUGCAAGUUCUCGUACUUCAAUGCCAGUGGUAUGCAAUUUGAUGACCUGCUUUAAUCGUUUCAAAAAACUGAUUAAAUUGCUCAGGUUUCCUUUUUUCAAAUGGUUGUCUGAGUUUGUACUGAAACAAAAGUAGAAAAUAGUAAAUGAAAAUCAAAAAAAGCUGCAGAUUCUGGAAAUCCUGAAAUAAAAACAAAAUGCUGGAAACACUCAGCAGGUCAGGCAAUGUCUUCGCUAAUUGGCUCCAGUAUUUUCUGCUUUUAUUUCAAAUAUCAGAGUACAUACGGGUUAUGUUAUGGUUGGAAAUGUUGUUACCCUGAAGGAGAGGCUGUGAAAAUCAGUAGCAAGUUUGGUAGUAUGCAGCCAGAGGGACUAUUUUGCACAGAGCACUGUGUUCGCAGUUGACAGUGGUGUCUUGAAGCAGCAGCCCCUUCCAGGAGGAGUAAUUUGUAACUGCGGUCAUUGGUCUGAGUCUCAUGGGGCUGCAUUUUAAUUUCUCAAGUUUAGAAGUGGUUCUGCCUAUUGGGGUUGGGGCAUUCUGAAGAGUCUGUGUACUGACCUUUAGUCGAAAGACCAAGUGAAGGUGUGUUAUCUUGACUCCUUGUCCAAAGACCAAGAGAGUGCAGCGCAAGCUGUAAGAGUUGCUUUCUUUAUCCAGUGCAUCGAUGAACUGCUUGGGGAAAUUUGUUCUGCCCGGUGACCACUAAUCCAACGGGCAAUGCAGGUUUUGUCAGUAUGAAUAAUGAGCACCAACAGUUCAUAACAAACGACGUGUGUUUUUUUUCUCCCAGAAGGAAUGGCACUGCAAAUAUUAAUGCUCAAAAGGGAGAGUUGCCUUAGAGUGAUCUGGCUGGGAGUGAUGUCUGUAUUGAACAUCUGCAGUAUUUUUCUUGCGUUGAACAACAUUAUAUGGACAUUUUAACGAAGCGAGUAACAGUUUUGAUCAUCAGUGUAUCUGACAAUUAAUACAACAUCAGAAAUGGAAAAUAGCAUAAGUUUGCAAGCUGCUCCUUUUCUGAGGCUGGACGAAGGAGGGAACAGGUGAUAUUGUGAGAGAGUUGGGGAGAGGUGGUGUCACAUGCUGUCACUGAGAAAUCUUCACACAUACUAAAUACAGAUUAGUUAACUGUGUUCAUAGUUUGGCCAGUGAUCUUUGUCAGCCUUUGAGUUUCAUCAGAUAAGUCUUGCUCUGGGGGUGAUCGGCAGAACAGAACAGCAGCCACCUUGCUAGCCCAGGUUAGGAUUAUUCAUACUUUACCUCACGUGUAAGAUUUUUCUUUCUGACCCCCCACCCCAAACUAUAAAGGUGUGUAAUCCAUUCCAAGCCUUGAAAUCAUCGCUCACCUAAACGUUAGAGAAAGUUGCUAUUUAGCAUAUUUCUGAUGAAUCCUUAAGUGGUAUGCAGUUGUUGCAAUUCAAGCAUUUAAACAAAUCUUCAGAAAAAACAUUAUCUUGUACCUUUUUGAAUGUGCAAAUCAGAGCUUAUUUUCAAAGGGAGGAGAUCUCCAUAGUAACAACAGUUCUGCUUGUUCAUGUGCCAAUAAAUAUCAAAAGUGUUAGAUGUUCUUUCAAUUCAUGACUUUUGUAGUGAAUUUCAUUGCAGCUUGAGAACUCUUUAGCAGGUUGUAAAAGUUGAUCCAUUUCAUGUAUCAAUUGUGAUAUUUGGAUUAGCUGCACUCUGUGACAGCUCCAUAACACUGAGUUUUUGGUGCGUUUCAGUUGCUCUCCAGCAAGUUGGAUCAGAUGGAUUUUUUCCCUUAAAUGCUUUUACAAAAAAAGUGACCUAGUGUACAUUUUGAUAAAUCAGUUUUUUUGAACCCCACAGUUUUCCAAUGCAGAUCAAUUUAUUGAAAAACCUGUUUGGUUAAUUCCUUUAAACGUGCGAGUUAGUUUUUCCAUUUGGAAUUUUGUUGAUCCCAGUUAGUGUGCUGCACACAAGCAAUCUUUGGGCAAUUUCUCCUUUCCAUGUUGCCCUUCUCCCCCUCCCCCCUCCAACCACUACAUCCCACAGCUAAAUCACUCGGUGGCAUCCCUCUGUGGCCGAGUGUCAUUCAGCAGUUCCGCGUGCAGGAAUUUGAGUUUUAGUGUUCCUUUCAGUUUCUUUCAUUGCAGCUAGUUAAAACACUGUGAAUAACUCCUGGUUUGGUAAACGUUCAGACCAGCUUAUUUCUCCCUGUGGUUCCUCUUUCCAACAGUUCUGUUUUUUUUAAAAAAGAAAGAAAUUUGUACAAAUGCCUCUAUUUAACUGUAUACUGUAGUGGUAUGAUGACAAAUCUGAUUUCAACUGUGUGAGCCUCUUCUAGACAACAGCUUUACUUUAAUGUACAAAAGAAAUGAAAUAAAAUGAAGGGGUGAAGUUAAACCGGUACGGAUAUUUUCUUUUGAAUCAAAAGGAAGGUACCGCGGAGCCCCUGUAAGUAUGUGUCACUGUGAAAUACAUGCUUGGCUAAUAACCCAGUCUGUUGACAAGGGUUGCUGUGUAUAUUUCAAUAAAUUGUAUUGCUUUGUGCAGAUACCAAACUGCUAGAUGUCCAUUGAUAGCUGCUGAAGUGUAGAAAUUGUUUCUUUUAUUCAUCUGCUAAUA